AUGACCGAGAUGGAGGUUCAUGGAUCCCAAACGACAAUUCGUUCAUCGAAGGAUGAAUUUUCAACUAAGUCCUAUAACGCAGUGCAUGGUUGCUUAAGAUGUACUUGCGUUGGUGAAUAUGAUCACAACGGUCAUAAGAUUGUACUAGAUUCUGUCGGUGCGCCAUUAAGGACCGAUGCCGAAUUCCGCUCAAGAGUCUGCGUUGAUCAUCAUCAGCCUUGGCAUACACCUCUAGAAGAUCUAGUUCAAUUUGAUAUUGUAGAAGAUGUACCUACAAGUGACCGUUUGCACUUAUGCGAUCUCGGAGCGACAAGGAAAUGGUUGUAUGGGAUUUGGGAUGGAAAAUUCUUAACGAUUCCUCAGUUGACUUCUUCCCAAAGGGACUUACUAACGAAUUUUUGUACGUCGCUACGGCUUCCCUCGGAAAUCAAUAGGAAAACGUUAGAUCCAAUGUAUAUGCACAAAUGGAAAGGAUCGCAAUUUCGUUCAUUUUUGCACUACGGCAGCGUUGUGGUUAUGGAGGAAAUUUUAAACUCACGAGCGUACAACCAUUUGUUGCUAUAUUUUUGCGCUCUAACUAUAUAUUCCACAGAAUUUCAUCGCCAACAUUGGAACCGUGCAUCUAUUUUCUUAGACACGUAUGUGCGGGAUUUUGGUGGAAUUUUCGGUCGAGAACAUUUGACGAGCAACAUUCAUAACCUCCAACAUGUAGCUCGAGAUGUUCUUCGUUACGGUCCACUAGAUAGUUUUUCGACAUAUUGCUUCGAGAACUAUUUAGGAAUAUUAAAACGCUCAGUACGAUCAGGUUUUAAAUGCGGUGUGCAAAUUGCUGCUAGGUCCGAAGAGCGAGCGGAUCAUCACAGCUUCGUCCCUUGCGUUCCGGACAACAUUCCUGACGUGACCCUCUGGACCUGCGACAUUCCGGACACAGCAAACUUGCCAUUAGAUCGAAACUUCAUCUAA